AGCCACGUCUCGGUUACCGCGGAAGGUAGAGAAUCCGGUCAGGAAGAUACGGUCAGAGCUCCGUGCGUGACUGGAACAGACAGGACUGGAAUGCCAGUGAAGCUGUGGAGCCAAAACUGGGACUGAGGAGUUUGAGUGGAUUGUCAUUUUCUCUUCUUCUGCUUCAUGUGACCGCUGACUUUAAAGACUGAUAUGAGACGCUAUGAUCCGGCCGAAGGAGGAUAAUCGUGAACCCCCAGUUGACAGCUUAGACACCAAAAAGCACUCUGCUGAAAGGUGACCUCCAGACUCUUCACCUCCCGACAGCGUUUGAAUAUGCCAGAACACAACAAUGAGCUCCAACAUCACAGACCCUGGUCUCCUCUUGACUGCCCACCCAUCACCACGAGUGGCCGGAGCCUAUUCUCAAUCCAGUACACUUCAUCGUGGAGAGAUUGAAGGAGUCUCGUGGAUGGUGAUUGAUGAGAAUUCCUCUUUCACCAACAAACCGCUUAACAUCACUCAUCAAGCAGGGAAUGAAACAGCAGCCCUUGACCCUCUUGGUGGCCACCCUGUGUGGCAAGUUGUCCUCAUUGUUUUACUGACUGGCACCCUGUCACUGGUCACCAUCAUUGGCAACAUAUUGGUAGUGGUGUCUUUCAAGGUUAAUCGGCAGCUGAAGACAGUCAACAACUAUUUCCUAUUGAGCUUGGCUGUAGCUGACCUUAUUAUAGGAGUAAUCUCCAUGAAUCUCUACACAGUUUACCUUAUAAUGGGUUACUGGGCCCUUGGCACCUGGGCCUGUGACCUUUGGCUGACAGUUGACUAUGUUGCAAGCAAUGCAUCCGUUAUGAAUCUUCUGGUUAUUAGCUUUGACCGCUACUUUUCAAUAACCAGACCUUUGACUUACCGUGCCAAACGGACCACGAAGAGGGCUGGAAUCAUGAUUGGCCUAGCCUGGCUUGUAUCACUUGUUCUGUGGGCCCCUGCCAUACUUCUGUGGCAAUAUUUUGUUGGUAAAAGGACAGUACCCUACAAUCAGUGCUAUAUCCAGUUCCUCACAGAGCCGAUUACAACCUUCUGCACAGCAGUGGCGGCUUUCUACCUGCCUGUAACAAUAAUGAGUAUCCUCUACUGGCGUAUCUAUAAGGAAACACAGAACCGCUCAAAAGAGUUAGCUGGGCUUCAAGGUUCAGAAUGUCGUGGGGGGAUACGAGGAAGGGCCAGAAAUAAUAAAAGGGGUGAGAAAGCUAAUUUUGUACAUCAGACUGGAAGUUCUAGGAGCUGUGGUAGCUAUGAGUUGAACAGAUUGCCUAAGAAAAAAAGUACAUGUCAGAGGCUGGUUGGGCGAUUCCACUGCUGGCCAGGGGUUCGGUCAUGGAGACCUGGUAGUAUCCGGCAGGGGGAUCGUGAUCCAGACCAGAGCAGCAGUGACAGCUGGAACAACAAUGAUGCAGCAGCCUCAUUGGACCAUUCUGGUUCCUCAGAGGAUGAGGACUGUGGGGGAAGAGAGAUGAUUUCUCAAAGUCAUGCUAUUUUUUCUAUUGUCCUCAGCCUUCCUGGCAUUAAAGCUGCCGUCAACUCUCAGCUUACAUCAUGUGAGGAUCUGGAUGUAGCCUCAGAAGAGGACCCACUAAGGGGAGCUGAAUUCAGCCAAGAGAGCUUGUCAACAGUUACCACGAAUGCCACAGAAAUUUCACCUGAGGGAACAAACAAUACAGGAAAUAGCUAUCACCAACGUUUCAGCUCACGCAAAACACAGUCAAUGUCCACCAUUCAAGCAAAGUCUAGCCAAGGGUUUCUGGAUGGCACUGAAUCAACAACUACAAUUGAUAGGUCUGCCACCUGCACAGCCACAAAGUCCUCCUCUGUCCCACUGUCUUUCAAAGAAGCCACAAUGGCAAAGCGCUUUGCCAUGCGAACCCGUACUCAGAUCACCAAGAGGAAACGAAUGUCUUUAGUGAAGGAGAAGAAGGCUGCUCAAACACUCAGUGCCAUCUUACUUGCUUUUAUAAUUACCUGGACACCAUACAACAUCAUGGUGCUUAUCACAGCAUUUUGUAAAGUUUGCAUCCCAGAGACCCUGUGGGCAGUAGGGUAUUGGCUGUGCUACGUUAACAGCACAGUCAACCCCAUGUGCUACGCUCUGUGCAACAAGACUUUCCGAACAACCUUUAAGAUGAUACUGCUGUGCCACUGGGACCAGAAGAAAAGGCGGAAGCAAGAGUUUCAACAGAGGCAAUCAGUGGUCUUCCACCGAGGCAUUCCCAGAGAGUCUACGUAAAAUGACUAUAUAUACAGUCAUUUGUUGACAUAAUUUUCAAUGCUGAAGACAGGACAAUGGAAAUAAAGGUUUCACUGGCCUAAAAAAACCAACAUGUCCUUGUCUGCUGUUAUGCUAAAAUACAGCAACAACACAUAAUGGUCUUGUGGUAUGUGUUUAUGUCAGAGCAUCUAUGUACUUUGGCAAAUGGGUACACUUGGGACGGUAUUUCCCUGUGGUGAAGUCUAAAGCUGAAUGCUUUGUCUUUCUCCUAAAACAAUUCUUUACCAUUUAAUGCAAGUGUUGCUGGGAGAAGAGGACAAGGAAAAUAUUGAAAAGGGCUUUUAAAAUGCAUUGCAGGAGAAACAUGAAAGUGCUGUUGACAAAUGGUAAGCAUGUCUAUGUUACCGAGGGGGAUUUACAUUUCUUACCACCGCUGAGGGUAGUUAGGUUUGUAUUGUAGAGUUGUUUUACAUUUUAAACUAGACUGUUUAUAUAUAUGUUCCUGAGAGCCAAUAUAAAGAGGAGACUUAUGUUCACUGGUGUCUACAUUUUACUAGUUUGCAGUGACUUCUUGACUGGCAUGUAUUUUUAGCAGAACUUUUGUGGAAUAUCUUUCUACAUCAGUAUAGCUUUCCUGUUUAUGAUGGAAUAUAUAAAUAAAAAAAAAAUUAUCCUACAAUAUGUCCUUACUCUUACUCAUCAGACAACUGUUAUUUUGUGAUUUUCAUCAUUGGUUUUCUAUGUACUCCAGAGAUUUCGAGCCAGUUUGAAAAUUAUACAUUUGAUGAAGUGAACUGUGAAUAUUCUGUGUGGAACUACAGUCAGUGAACUGCUGCUCUGUUUAAUGUGAUUGUUGUGGUUUUCUAUGGUGAACACAAUAAGUGCAUUGGUUGUGUUUUUCUAUGCUUGCAGUUUCCUGUCAAAAGUGAUGACUGUACAUUGCUGAAAAGGUUCUGUGUACAUUUCUGAUCUGGUAUGCGAAGACUGAUUGCACACACAGAUAUACAUUUUUCAGGAAACGUUUGGUUGUCUGCCAUGGUUUCUCACUUAAAAUUUCUCGAUGUCAAAGGAACAGCUGCGCCCUCUGGAGGCAUUUUAACUCUUACACAUUUAUGGUCAGGAUUCUCAAUCAAAACAGCCACAUUUCCAAGCUUUAUGUAUUUUUUUUACAUUGUAAUGGAAAUGCCAUAAACAUUCAACUAUCAGUGAUUUGUCUUUCUUUUGUGCAGUUCUUUAAAUUUGUUAUAAAGCCACGCCAUAUAUGAUUUGUAUAUAAAGUCAAAAGCUUCGUAUAAGACACAACUAGCAAAGAACACAGAAUAAAAUAAUUCCUAAUGUAUUUUAAAAAGAAAUUUGCUGGCUUUUUUUUGUAAUGCACAUUAGGUUUUUUUAUCUUAAGGUAAUGUUUUGCCAAAAAAAUUAAAAAUGUGCAAAAUAUAUUAAAGGCAAAAGAUGAUCUGUAGUGCAACAGCUGUCAAAUGAAGAAAAUAAAUGAAUAUGGUAAAUUUAUUGUUCACCCUAUUGUUUUUGAAUUAUGUACAAAUUGGAUGUCAAAAUAAAAAAAUAUAUCUCUGGCAACAGUUGUUAUUUUAGCCUGCUUUGAACAUAUUUUGCUUCA